ACAAAACUUAAGAUUUUUGAAACGAUCGGUCCAUAAAAAUUUCAAUCUCACUGUCAAUGGACGCCUCGAGUUCCCAUCCAACAGCCCCAUCGUCUCUGCCGCUCCAAGACCGGGUCGCCAUAGUCACUGGCUCAUCCCGUGGCAUUGGGAAAGCCAUAGCAGUCCACUUGGCCUCACUGGGAGCGAAAAUUGUCAUUAAUUACUCUACCAACGGGGACCAGGCUGAGCUUUUAGCCCAAGAGAUCAAUUCUUCUUCUCCUCACAGCGAUUCCCUUCGUGCCAUAACAGUUCAAGCUAAUGUCUCCGAUCCAACCCAUGUCAAGACACUUUUCGAUGUGGCUGAGAGGGUUUUUGGCGCACCAGCCCAUGUCUUGGUGAACUCAGCUGGAGUGUUGGAUCCCAAGUAUCCAUCCAUCGCUAACACUCCCUUGGAGGUUUUUGACCUUACUUUCAGUGUUAACACUAAAGGUGCAUUCUUGUGCUGUAAAGAGGCAGCAAAUCGGCUCAAGCGCGGUGGUGGUGGCCGAAUUAUAUUGUUAACAUCAUCUAUGGUGGGUGGAUUGAAGCCAGGGUUUGGGAUAUAUGCAGCUUCAAAAGCAGCAGUAGAGACAAUGGUAAAGAUAUUAGCAAAGGAACUCAAGGGAACAGGGAUUACGGCAAAUUGCAUUGCUCCAGGUCCUAUUGCUACAGAGAUGUAUUUUUCUGGGAAGACUGAGGAGCAAAUUCAGAAGAACAUAGAGGAGUGUCCACUAGGCCGGCUUGGUGAGACCAAGGACAUUGUACCUAUUGUUGGGUUCUUGGCUACUGAUGCUAGUGAGUGGGUUAACGGACAGGUUAUUCGUGUCAAUGGCGGCUAUGUUUAGGACAAACUAUGCCGCCAUACUAAAUACUGCACUAGCCUGGAAAAUAGCUUUGAGAUUCGAAAAUUUCAUUACAAAUGUAAUUCCACCGGUUAUCGUAAUCCAUCUUGUUUUUGUAGCAGUUUCAAUGAAGAUAUUAUUUCCUGUUA